AUGGCUCCGACUUUGGCUUUGCUGCUCCUCAGUCAAGUAGCCUUAUAUGCAACUGUCACAUCCAAGAAAGUAUGUGGCCGACCUCCUAUCACUGACGGGAUUGACGAGACGACACUUAAACGUGUGUAUGAGGUUGGAGAAGAGUUGACCCUCUCAUGUGAGAGGGGGUACUUGCCUUCAACGGCAAAUCCUAGAAGGAUGUCGUGCUCUCCCGCAGGAGAGUGGACACAGUCAGACCUGACAUGUACCCCUAAGAUGUGCCCAAUCCCCAGAGCUCUGCAGCCAUUAGCAAAGGGGAGGACAGAAGCUCCAUUCAAGAGUGUGAUUAACUUCACAUGUGAUGAUGGGUAUGUCAUGCAAGGUGCCAAUGAAAGUAGGUGUUUACAUGAUGGCACCUGGAGCCAUCAACCACCACUCUGCAAAGCUGUGAGUUGUCCCCUGCCCAAGCCACCAAGAGAUGGUAGAAUUGUCCAUGAUAAGCCGGUUACCGGAACCUCCACCGUGUAUGGACAGGGUUGGACAUAUGAGUGUGACCGGCCCAAGGCACCGAGUGUGGAGAGAGGAUCCUGCAUGGCUGAUGGAAGUGUCCCUGAACCUCCAGUGUGUCGAGAGGUGAGCUGCUCCAUCCCACCAAGCCUACCUAAUGGAUUCAUCACCUUUGCUGUAAUGAGACCACAUGGCUACAAGGAGACGGUUAAGUACGCCUGCAAUGACCACUAUGUACUGGAUGGAGAGGCUGAGGUACAGUGCAAAAACACAGGGAACUGGUCAACCCAGCCAGUCUGCAGAGCUCCAUGCACAGUUGGCAUCAAAAGAGGCCGUAUCUUCUACAAUGGCAGGAAACUCUGGAUCGCAGACCUGAAACCCAACAGAGUCCUCCAUGGAGAACCUGUAGUCUUCUAUUGUCUGAACAAAGCUGACAGGUGUGGCUACCCUGUGGCCAGCAUCUGUAAAGAUGGGACCCUCACCAUCCCAGAGUGUUUUGAGCAACCUGGCAAGGUGGAGUACCAGUUGAGGGCCAAAACCCUUCCGUCAGAAAUCCAAAUGUGCGCUGCUUCACCCCCUGCAGGAUCUGCAUAACUUUACACAGAACGACCUGAAACACCAUGUAGACUGACAGGAUAUGAAUGAUCGGAUCAUGUAUGAUGAAUCUGUAAAAAUAUGCUGCAAGACAGAGGGCACCGUUGAUAUCGGCCACUUUCAUCCUUUAUUUUGCCUGUCAUUGUUAGCUUAUAAUAAAAUGGUAGCAGUAAUUAUUAAUAAAAUAAUGAAAAUGUGUUUUCAUUAAGGC